UUCUAGUACUAUGUACUGAGGUCGACAUCUUACUUGUUUUGUUGAAACCAUGAAUUUAGGGGACUGAACCAAGUGCUCAUCCACCUACUUCGUAAGCCACUCCCUGAAAACUGGCAAACGCUGAUCAACAAUCAAACGAGUUCAAUUGGAAUCGUAUUAGAUUAUUUUUAUAAUCUUGCAGAUGAUAGCCAAUGUGCUGCCCAUGUAUGCAAAUCCUUUGUCCUCGAUACAAUGAGCGCGGUUGUUCAGUCCACCUGAGGUAUAAUUACUAGCCGGCCACUGCCAGAGGCAACGCAGCGGCCCCGGUUGAAUGGUUUGUUCUGUCUGAUGAUGAAAAGAAAACAUACAGGGUAGGUAAGACCAGCCCAACCCGGCUGCUUAUCGGUAUAAUCGCAAAAAGCUCAACGGACACAGACCCACUCCCAACUUAACUGGUUAUAGUGCUUGCCUGGUGCGACCACCGCGUUGUACCUCUAAUCGCGGGCGGCCAGCGCGUACGCGUAGUGGCGUUAUAGCUUGAAUUUGACGCCGCCCCCGAAACCAACUCGUUGCGACAACGUCGACUUCAAGCCGAUAGCUCGGUUCCGUUGUCGCAAAAAGCCCACACCAACGGGAUUCAAUUAUACCUAUUACGGCGCAUGCUGUCGGAUCGGAUUGUAAAUUGAAAUAUUUAUUGGCUUAAUAAUCCUCGCCGCCUGGGCAGACAUGAUGGAAAUUGAUACCGAUGAAGAUACUUUGCGCCAGCUUGCUGCUGGCGGCUCCAUGAACUUCUCCGCCUGGCCUCUGUUGCUCUGUGAUAUCAUCAACCGCCUCGAGAAGAUCGCUCAAAAUGAGUUUCCGAUCCCCGUCAUACCCCCACCACCAAGGCUCACACCACCACCAGAGCCGCGCUUCCUUGCUCCUCUGCCAUCCUCAGACCCCAUAGGGCCGUCGGAGCUCAAGAGGGUUGAGCAGAGCAAGGCGCCAACUACAACGGCGGCAAAGACAACUGGAGACGCCUUGUCGCCCGGUUCCUCACAGGAAACCAACAAGGAGAAUGCGAACCCGAAUUCCAACAAAAGUCAAGCUGCGGCUGACGCACCAGCUGAUGCCACCACUACGACCAGUGCAUCGGCCGAGCCAGUAGCAUCAUCAUCAUCAUCAUCACGGGCUCCCGACUCCCAGACCCAACAAGCUGCUCCUGGCGAGCUGCCAAUACAGAUACAACAACAGCUGACUGAAAUUACAUCAACUCUCACGACCGGCUUCCCGGACCAUCCGCCGCACACUAUUCAGCGCCUGGCAGAGCUGGUCUUGUAUCCCCAUCAACACUACCGCUCUCUCCCGUCGUAUCUACAUGCCGUUGACCGGGUCGUGCACGUGGCAUCUGGCGCCAACCUCUUCCCCCUCUCGCCCGCCGUCAUGGAUCCACGCGCCAUGGCGGCUCUUGCCAAUGGGGUGCCCGGAGGUGCUCCUGCAAACCCGUCCUUGUCUCCUGCCACAUCGACGGCUUCUACAGUAACCGCCCAGCCAGGUCUCGACGAGCACUUGGGAGGAGCCCUUCUCACGCCGAUUCCAUGGCUUACAAAUAGACCCGAGAGCGUCGAUGGCGCAGAUGCCGCCCUUAGUCCGGAACCCGACAUGGAAGACGAAGAUGGUGAACCGUCUGAUACUCUCCAUUCGCAGCAUCAUCCACAAUCACAACAACAGCACAGCGGGUCCGGUCGCCAGCGCCAUCAGCAGCGGUUGAGCACUGAGUCCACCGAGACCAUAGAGGGUCCCAAUGGAGUGGGCCACAUUGAGACGGUGUCCGUGUCAGUUAACGGCAUCGUCUCACAUGGUUCCAGUACAUCAGCCCUAGCUGCUGCGCUUGGUCGUGGAGGGGCCGAAGCUUCUUCCUCAUCGGCCCUGAGCACAAACCAGCCGCAGCAGCCUGGGGCAGAGGGCAUUACCCAGGGUGAGCUGUUGCGUGAGGAACAGCGUGCCGGUGUCGUCCCUGUCAGCCAGCUUCAGCGUAGCAGGGAAGCUGCUCAAACUCGAGCUGCUGCUGCUGCCGCCCCUGCUGCGGCGGAAUCGUCCGGCUCUCCCGUAGGAUCUACACCUACCGAGCAGGGUGAUGAAGAGAUGGACGAUGCCCUCGGUGAAGCCGACGAGGCAACCGGCGCGGGUAGUGCAGAAUCAGAGGAGGAGACGCCGCACGUCCGUGGACCGGAGGAGAUUGGCCUGGCGGACACAGGACCGCAGGCCGCGGGGACCAGCAUUCCGGCGGCUGGUCAGACGGCACCCAACCUGGCCCUGCAGGAUAUCAACGUGGAGGCUGCCAUGGGACGGCCAGCAGACGAGACGCGGGCGGCGUCGGCCCCAAAAUCACCAGCCCGCUCAGAACCAAGCGACGUGACUCUGGACUCGGGAGAUGAUGCACCGCGGGAAGGAGCUUCGACCCCGAAGCGGGACGCAGAGGGCGAGCCAGCCUCGGGAGGUGAGCCCCCGGCCAAGAAACUGCGCGAGAGUCCUCAGGAGCCCGGCAAAGACUCCCUGGAUGGGGAAAAGCCGACAAAGGAUGGCGCUGAAGGAGCCGAGCCCGGUGGCAAGGAAUAGUAGUUAUACCAAAUCCGAUAUUCCGAGCAGGUCUUACCUUAUUCUUCUGUCUUGAUUGUACUCAAAAUCCUGUGUGUCCCCAUCUUGACUUGAGAAUGUUUGCGGGCCUGGUACAUAGAUUCAAAAGGUGUCAGUCAUGGCAGAGGAUGCGUUGUG